GCCAAUUCUUCUCUACUCUGAACGCAGCAGCACUCUGACAUCCGACAAAGUCUGAGCUUCACCACUGAAAAGGAACCACUUUAUCCUAAAGAUGCCAGCAGGACUCUGUUGAUUUACCUGGGGACGUGGAAAUGUCUGACACUUUUGACCAUCCUGGUAACACCUAUACUGAAUCUACCUACGGACCAGCAGAUAAAUUUGCAAAUGGACCAAAGAACAAACCAGAGAAGCAUAUUCCCAAAGCAGGUGUUCAUGCUGAAGCAGGAGUUGACAAACCUCGAGCUGAAAGGAGGAUCUUUAAAGCUAAAGGACCCAAAUACAGCACAGGAACCAGCAUCACUCUAUUGGGUUCCUCAGCUUUUGCCCAAGCAAACCUGGGAAGUGCUUCUGUUGCCACUGGUCCAGUGAAAGUUAGAGCAUGUCUGCCUUCUGCAGACAUCUCUGCUGAUUCAGCUGAGCUCCUGGAAGUGAUUGACACCUACGACCGUCCUGGUGACGCCUACACUGAAGAUACCUACGCACGAGCAGGGACGUAUGCAAUAGAAGGAGGGGAGGACAAACCAGGGAAGCGUGUUCCCAAAGCAGGAGCUUACGCUGAAGCUGGAGUUGGCAAAGCUCGAGCUGAAUGGAGCGUCUUUGAAGCUGAAGCUAAAGGACCCAACGCCAGCGCAGGAGCCGGCGCCAACCCACUGAAUGUCUCAGCUAUUGCCAGAGCAGAGCUGGCAAGUGCUUCUGCCGCUGCUGGUCCAGUGAAAAUUAAGGUUGGUCUGGCAGCCGACACCGGGGUGUCUGUUGGUGCACACGGGCUGGAAGCUAAAGUGUUGGGAACCGGUGUCACUAUUGGUCCAAAACUGGGCGUGUCUGUCCUUGGCAAUGGGAUUGAAUGCUGCCUGUCAUAAUUCACACAAUGUUUUCCAUAUUUACUCUUUGAAAGUUUCCCUUAUACAUUAAAACCAAAACAAUUUAUGUUCCCAAAUUAAGGAAUUCAUGUUGAUUUAUUAGCAACUCAUCUAAUUUACAAGUGUUUUUUCUGCUGCUGUCCACGCUGAGAUAACCUGAGAUAAC